UUUUUAAAGAACAUUUUUUGAACAUUGUCAUUCUUUGAGUGUUUAGGACAUUAAAAGUAUAUACAUAGUGUAAAGGGACCGUUAAACUACAGUACAAUUGCGAGAAAAUCAAAAGAAGUACAUUAGUUCAGUACUUUCUCUACAAAAUGUUUUCAAUUGCUAAAGAUUCGUUUGUUUUGUUGCGGCCAAUCGACGCGCAGCGUAUUCACCAACCCGUCCGGUAUGUCAGUUGUCUCACGUUGUUUUUUAAACAUAACCCUACAAAUCAAGCAUGCCUGUCAGGCAUGUUUCUUAAAGUUUGUAAGUUGUGAAUUUCUCAUGAGUUAAGUUAUGUGUUGUUAAAAUAACGUGAUAAUGGUAAAAGUUAAGAAUAAGAAGCGCAGUGGCGCAGACAAAAUCUCUUCCAAGAAAGAAACCGCUCGCAAAAAAGUAUUGAAUCCGUUUGAGGUUCACAUUAAUAAUGAGAAAAUCAAAGUGCUUGGGAGAAAACUUAAAAAUGAUCGCGGUUUACCAGGAGUUGCUCGAGCUAAAGCCCUGGCGAAACGCAAACAUACAUUGCUACCCGAGUACAAAAUGCUAAAUAAAAGCAAUACAUUUCAUGACAAGAGAAUAGGUGAAAGAGAUUCAGGUUUAUCUGCUGAAGAUAAGAGCAUGGCAAGGUAUACAGCUAUGAGAGUCAAGCAGCACAAUAAAAAGAACAUCUUUAAUCUUGCUGAUGAUGAGGUGCUCACACAUAAAGGACAAACACUGAGUGAAAUUGAAAAGUUUGAUGAUCCAAAGUCUGAGGAUGAGGAUGAGGAAGACAGUGGAAAAUUAGACUCCAAGUUUGUAAGGGAUGUGCAUUUUGGUGGUGGCAUGUUGAAGAAAGCAGAUGGUGCCAAGUCUCAUAAGGAUUUAAUUGAGCAGUUGAUUAUUGAAAGUAAAAAGAGGAAAGCAGAAAUGCAGAAGCAAAAAGAAGCAACAGUGGAGUUGACUGAAAAGUUGGACUCGGAGUGGAAGGAUCUGCUUCCCUUGGUUAACAAGAAUAAGAAGUCAAGUGAAGUUGACACCAAGGUAGAAGUGGAUGAUUAUGACAAAGUGAUGAGAGAGCUGAAGUUUGAAGCUAGAGGUACUCCAUCAGACAAGUUGAAAACUGAAGAUGAAAUUGCUAGAGAAGAUAAAGAAAAAUUAGAGAAAUUGGAGCGUGAAAGGUUGGAAAGAAUGCGUGGAGUAUUCGAUAAACCGAAAACUUCCAAACAUAGAAGCGCGGAUGACUUAGACGAUAAUUUUGCGUAUGAUGACGAAGAAAUUGAAGACGUUACACUGUCUUAUAAUCAGGAAGGCAAAUCGAAUGUUUUGUUAAAUAUUAAAAUCAACAAUAAAGAUGAAGAUGCUAUUGAUGGUGAAAGUAAUGUUUUUGACCCUGACGGUGACAAUGCAGACGAUGAUAAUGAAGAUGAUGAUGAAGAAGACGAUUCAGAAGCUGAAACUGAUGAUGAUUUAUCUGAUUUAAAAGCAUCAGACUCAGAAAGUGAGGAUGAACUGGAACAGAUAAAAGAAAAACAAAAAAUCUUAGUGGAGGAGGAAGAAGAAGUAAAAGAAGAUGAUGAAUUGGAGCGAUCACAAGAGGAAGAAGAAGAAGAUGAUGAUGAACAGGAGCGAGCAGAAAACGAUUGCGAUGAUGUUGAAUUGCAGCAAACUGAAGAGAAAGAAGAAGAAAGUGAUGAUGAACAGGAGAAGGCAGAAGAAGAAUUCGAAGAUAAUGCACUAGAGCAAGAAGAUGAUCUUGAGCAGUCUGAAGAAGACCAAGAAGAUGACAAUGAACCAAAACCAACAUCAAUACAACUAACUAAAAUGGUAAAACCUAACAAUUCAGAUGAAACUUCUACGAUUCCUUCUACUAAAAUAAAAAGAAGAAAAGAAAUAAUGGAAGUAGCUCGCAACGAAUUACCCUACACUUUUAAAUUACCAGAAAAUUACGAUAAACUCUACGGUAAACUACACGUUCUGUGUUGUUUAAAUAAAGUGAUAAUGGUUAAAGUUAAGAAUAAGAAGCGCAGUGGCGCAGACAAAAUCUCCUCCAAGAAAGAAACCGCUCGCAAAAAAGUAUUAAAUCCGUUUGAGGUUCACAUUAAUAAUGAGAAAAUCAAAGUGCUUGGAAGAAAACUUAAAAAUGAUCGCGGUUUACCAGGAGUUGCCCGUGCUAAAGCUCUGGCAAAACGCAAACAUACAUUGCUACCAGAGUACAAAAUGCUAAAUAAAAGCAAUACAUUUCAUGACAAGAGAAUAGGUGAAAGAGAUUCAGGUUUAUCUGCUGAAGAUAAAAGCAUGGCAAGGUAUACAGCUAUGAGAGUUAAGCAGCACAAUAAAAAGAACAUCUUUAAUCUUGCUGAUGAUGAGGUGCUCACACACAAAGGGCAAACACUGAGUGAAAUUGAAAAGUUUGAUGAUCCAAAGUCUGAGGAUGAGGAUGAGGAAGACAGUGGAAAGUUAGACUCCAAGUUUGUGAGAGAUGUGCAUUUUGGUGGUGGCAUGUUGAAGAAAGCUGAUGGUGCCAAGUCUCAUAAGGAUUUAAUUGAACAGUUGAUUAUUGAGAGUAAGAAGAGGAAAGCAGAAAUGCAGAAGCAAAAAGAAGCAACAGUUGAGUUGACUGAAAAGUUGGACUCAGAGUGGAAGGAUUUGCUUCCAUUGGUUAACAAGAAUAAGAAGUCAAGUGAAGUUGACAGCAAGGCAGAAGUGGAUGAUUAUGACAAAGUGAUGAGAGAGCUGAAGUUUGAAGCAAGAGGUACUCCAUCAGACAAGUUGAAAACUGAGGAUGAAAUAGCCAGAGAAGAUAAAGAAAAAUUAGAGAAAUUAGAGCGUGAAAGGUUGGAAAGAAUGCAUGGAGUUUUCGACAAACCGAAAACUUCCAAACAUAGAAGCGCCGACGAUUUAGACGAUAAUUUUGCGUAUGAUGACGAAGAAAUUGAAGAGGUUACACUGUCUUAUAAUCAGGAAGGCAAAUCGAAUGUUUUGUUAAAUAUUAAAAUCAACAAUAAAGACGAAGAUGCUAUUGAUGGUGAAAGUAAUGCUUUUGAUCCUGAUAAUGACAAUGCAGAUGAUGAUAAUGAAGAUGAUGAUGAAGAAGACGAAUCAGAAGCUGAAACUGAUGAUGAUUUAUCUGAUUUAAAAGCAUCAGACUCUGAAAGUGAGGAUGAGUUGGAACAAUUAAAAGAAAAGCAAGUAAAAGUGGUGGAGGAGGAAGAAGAAGUAAAAGAAGAUGAUGAAUUGGAGCAAUCACAAGAGGAAGAAAAAGAAGAAGAAGAUGAUGAACAGGAACCGACAGAAAACGAUUGCGAUUUUGAAUUGCAGGAAACUGAAGAGAAAGAAGAAGAAAGUGAUGGUGAACAAGAGCAGGCAGAAGAGGGACUUGAAGAUAAUGCAUUAGAGCAAGAGGAUGAUCUUGAGAAGUCUGAAGAAGACCAAGAAGAUGACAAUGAACCAAAACCAACAUCAAUACAAUUAACUAAAAAGGUAAAACCUAACAAUUCAGAUGAAACUUCAACGAUUCCUUCUACUAAAAUAAAAAGUGGAAUAUUAAAAAACACAAAUAAAGAACCAAUUGAAGAUAAACCAAUACCUCCGAAAACUACCGAAGAAAUAAAAGAAGAUCUCAUUAGAAGAAAAGAAAUAAUGGAAAUAGCUCGCAAUGAAUUACCCUACACUUUUAAAUUACCAGAAAAUUACGAUAAACUCUACGGUAAACUACACGGUAAAUCUCCGGAACAUCAUGCCGUUAUCAUUGAAAGAAUGAUCAAAUGCAAUCAUCCCAGUCUUAAAGAAGGCAACAAAGAUGCCCUUGGAAUGUUAUUCGUUUAUUUAUUGCAGUAUUUUAACGAUUUAUGCACUGAAAUUGAGAGUGAAGUCGAGUUGAAAAAUAUGUUCCAAAUAUUCUUCAAUUUGACGCCAUUUUUAUAUGAUUUAGCAGAUUUAAAUCUUGAAAAUGCCGCGACAAGUCUAGUUGAAGUCAUUAAAGAGAAACAGGGUGAGUUUAGGGGAAAGAAGAGUUAUCCAGGCGUUGAGGUGUUGGUGUACUUGAAAUUGGUGGGUUGUAUUUUUUCUACGUCUGAUUUUCAACAUCAUGUUGUCACACCGUGUGUGAUGUUUAUGGAACAAAUGUUGUUCAGGUCACGUGUUAAGACCAAGCGUGAUAUUGCGUAUGGAUUGUUCCUUCUUUGCAUACAUUUAGAGUAUACAAAAUUGUCGAAACGUUUUCUACCAGUAACAAUUUGUUUCCUGAAUGGGAUUAUCCACAUGGCGAUACCAAAAAGCACUGUAAAAAUACUGAAAGUUUUACCACCGUUCAAAUCGCAAUCAUCGCUUUUAGUUAUGACUGAUCAUUCAACUUUAAACAUCCAAUCACCGAAAAUGAACGUGAUUGAUUUGUUAAAAACUGAUGAAAACUCUGAAAUCACCGAAGAUUUCAAACACAACACACUGCACGUGGCAGUUUCCCUCUUAAAAGACUUCUAUACACAAUUACUAGAUUUACCAUCUUGUUAUGAAAUAUUUGAACAGAGCUACAAAUAUUUACAACAACUUCCAUUAACAUACUAUAAUGAUAUUUUAUCUAAUGAAAUACGAAAUUUUAUUACCACCAUUGAAGAGUACAAAGGCAACAGAAAGUUGGAGUUUUUGCAGUUGGAUAAAGUGAAACCAAAAGCUUUGCGAUUGUACGAUCCUAGUAUUGAGAAGGUUUAUGAUGCCAAGAAACAUAAAGUACAGAGUAAAGAAAAGGCAGAACGCGAUAAACUCAUAUACAAACUGAAAAAGGAGAAGAAAGGCGCAAUGCGUGAAAUACGCAGAGAUAAAGCCUAUUUGGGACGUGUUAAGUUGGAUAGAAAGUUACAAAGCGAUGCCGAACGAAGGGACAAAGUUAAACGCAUCUUCUCCGAAGCGGCUAUGCAACAGUCCGAGCUUAAUGCCAUGGACAGAGGCAAUAAACGCAAGAAGAAAUAAGGUAAUAUUUGUUUAUUAUUUAAUAAAUAUUUUGUAAAUUAAAUUAAAUUCCUAUGUAACCAUAUAUUAACUGAUUGUUCAAUCAGUCCGAUGACAAUACAGAUGUUGAUGGUGCAUACAUAACAUAACCCCAAAAUGAUA